AUAUAGUGUAAAUAAUUAUGUACCGGAGCAGCACCGGUCUUCUGUCGCCGGCGAGUUGAAGAGGCAAAAAGCUAAGUUUUGACAAUCCAUUCAUCGGCGGUUGUCUUCACCAUUCGGCAGCUCUCCGGCUUACUCAACUUCAGAAGUUCCGACUUGCUCAACUGCUUGACCGCGGCACCAACGGAGGCGCCCAUGGCGAACUUCCGUCUCCACUGUCGGCUCUUUUCUCUUGCAGUUUUUCUUUUUCUCUUCUCAUUUCCUCUCUCUUUCAGUCAUUCGCAGUACGAUGAUGACGAAUCCGAUCAAAACUCUCCAAUCUCUCGCUUUCAACACUACCUCAGAAUCAAAACCGCUCAUCCGGAUCCGGAUUACGCCUCCGCUGUCUCCUUUCUCGAAUCUCAAGCACUGGAAAUUGGUCUCCAUACGAAGAUUCUUGAGUUUGUUCCAGGUAAACCUCUUCUCCUCGUGACCUGGAAUGGAUUGAAUCCUUCUUUGCCCUCGAUUUUACUCAACUCUCACAUGGACUCUGUCCCCGCUGAGCCCUCUAAAUGGCUCUAUCCGCCGUUCUCCGCCGUCCGGACCUCCGAUGGCAAGAUCUUCGCCCGUGGUUCUCAAGAUGAUAAAUGUAUAGCUAUCCAGUAUCUCGAAGCCAUUCGGAGCCUCCGAAGUCGGAAUUUCAUCCCUGACCGUACGAUUCACAUCUCGUAUGUGCCGGAUGAGGAGAUUGGGGGUUUUGAUGGAGCUGCGAAGUUCGUCUUGUCGAAGGAGUUUAAGGAGUUGAAUGUUGGAUUCAUGAUGGACGAAGGACAGGCGUCGCCGGGAGAUGAGUUUAGGGUUUUUUACGCCGAUAGAUCGCCGUGGGGGCUGAAAAUUCGGGCUGAAGGAACCCCUGGACAUGGUUCUAGAAUGUACGAUAACAGUGCUAUGGAGAAUUUGAUGAAGAGCGUUGAGAUUAUCAGUAAGUUUAGAGAGAGCCAAUUCGAUAUGGUGAAGGCCGGUGAAGCUGCUAAUUCAGAAGUCAUCUCUGUCAAUCCUGUUUUCGUCAACGCCGGAAUUCCCUCCCCCACUGGAUUUGUGAUGAACAUGCAACCUUCGGAGGCGGAAGCCGGUUUCGAUCUCAGAAUACCGCCGACCGCCGACCCAGAUGCCAUUAGAAGAAGAAUUAGGGAGGAAUGGGCUCCAGCUCGACGGAACUUGACGUCUCAGAUUAUUGAGAAAGGACCCAUAAGAGACUAUUUGGGACGUCCAUUAUUGACGAUGACUAACGAUUCGAAUCCGUGGUGGUCUGUUUUCAAGACAGCCAUCUCAGACGCUGGAGGUAAGCUUUCUAGGCCCGAAAUCUUGGCUUCGACGACUGAUGCACGCUUCAUGAGACAGUUAGGCAUUCCUGUUCUUGGUUUCUCCCCAAUGAGUAACACUCCUAUCUUAUUGCACGAACACAACGAGUUCUUGAAGGACACCGUCUUCUUAAGGGGCAUAAAGAUUUAUGAGUCCAUAAUCAGUGCCUUGAGUUCCUUUGUAGCGGAUGCAUCCCAGUAAGUGCUCCCAUGGAUGAACACUGCUAUUGUAAGUACUGAAGUUCUCUUUUCCACACAACGUCACAAUUCACUUGUAAACAUUCUCUUUCGUUUUAUUACCUUUUCAUGAGAUUCGAAUAGGGUAAAUAGUAAACAAAAAAUGAUCUUUUGUAGUAUAUUGAGAUUGUCUCCUCUAAGCGCAUCCUUCCUAAAUUAAAUGGGUAUCAAAUAACGAGAUAUAUUCUAUA